AUGACAGCGACCGAGGUGCAGGAAGCAGCGCCGACGCGCGCUGUCGACCAUGGCAGCAGCUCCGACGAGGUCCUCGAGCUGACGUUUGCAGAGCCUGGCGACCUCGGCAUCCGCAUUGCCUUCGACCACGACGGGCAUGUGCUUGUCAAGAAGAUCGAGUCGGUCCCAGGGCCCGUCGAGCGCAUCUGCCCCGACUUGACGCCUGGUGACGUGCUCGUGGCCAUCAAUGCGACCAACGUCCUUCCAUACUCGUUUCGCGACGUCAUGAAGAAGCUGCGCGAAGCGAAAAGCAGUGACAAGCCAAUGCAGCUGGCCUUUCUGCCCAAGGCCGGCGCGUCCUUCUUUACGUCCACCGAGUCGCUCGUUGAGGCAUGGCUGCGGGAAGAGCAAGCGCACAUGGACGACGGCGAGUUUGAAGUCAUCUUUCCGCCGUCGCAGCCCCUCGGAUUUCAGCUUGGCGAGUCGUUCCUUAUGGUCAAGCCGUUUGUCGUCACGGACGUCGAGGUGGACGCAGCGUGGGCGGCACGGAUUCGUGGCAAGUGCGUCGUCAAGAUCAACGACCACGUCGUCUUGGGGGCGCCCGUCGACGACGUUCGAGACCUCCUCUCGAGUAUCGACCCGAGUUUGUUUCCAAAGCAAUUGUCGCUGCUUCGUCUCUCGGCGUCCACACCAUCAGCGACGCCAGACGACGACUAUGACAUCGUGACGAUCCCGACGUCAGACUGGAUGCCACGCUUCCGCUUUGCGCUCGUUGAACGCAUGCUCGAAGUACCAACGAUCGAGCCGUUUGCAGCAGCCUUAGACAGGCCACUGCUGUCGCCGCGGACGAGCAAAGAGCGGCGACGGGAUGGAAUUGCGCCCGGACAGCUGCUUAUCGCUAUCAACGGGAUCUCGGCGCUUGGCAUUCACGCAGAUCGAACGCCCGGCUCGUCGCACGUCGGAAUGGUCACCGUCGCGCUCGAGAAGCUCGAAAACGAGCCGCGAUCGCUUCUGGUUCGCGACUUGACGCUGUAUGAACGGGAGUUUCGGGCGCAGCGGCCACUCUCGCCGUGGCGUCGUCGGUGUCCUUCACCACCCACCGCUGGUGAUAGCAGUGCAGUACCAAGUAGCACGAUCACAGUAGCGUCGGCGCCCCGCGUCUUGACCGAGCUCCUUACGUCGAGCCUCGCUCGGGUGCCGGCGAGUACCGGUGAGGCGCUUGAUGCACGCCAGACGUGGGUGACCUCCCGUCUACGACACGUAACGAUCCAAGCGCCAUCCGCGUCCGAAGCCUUGGGACUCUCGCUCGAGACGGACUUUUCGACCAAAUAUACCGUGUUUCACAAGUUUGAACGCGCUCCAUCGCCUGCGCUCGAGCGCGUCGACGCUGGGGAUCGUCUUACCCACUUGAACGGAGCCCCGAUUGAGACGCUAGAUACUGCCGCCAUUAUCGACUUUUUGCGCAGCAGUGAAGACAAGACCCCUCGCACCGUCCGAGUGCUCAAGGCGCGGUCCAGUCUGCCCAAGAGCUUGAUGACCUCGUGGAAGUGGGUCCGGCGCUCGUUUACGGCCAAAACCACUCCGCGUUUGCUCGACACGGCGGCAGCCACUGUCGAGUAGCUCGCGACUCGGUGUGGUCUUGUCACUUGACGACAAAUGUAGUUGCGAUAUUCGAGAACGAAAAGACAUACGAGUAUAUUAAAAAUGCAAUAACGAGCUCCAUGCAAUAUCAAA